AUGUGGAGGACGGUUGUUUUAUUCAUAUUCGCGGUCUGUACCGCCCUCCCCGCCCAAGACUCAGGGCACACCGACAAUGAUCUUGACGGGAUCGGUGACUGCCUCCGAAAGGAAUCCACAUCAUGUCUCAAGUACAAAUUCUUCUCUUUUGUUGACAAAAUGAUUGGACAGAAAGAAACGUUCGCUCUGACAGAUGGCGUGACUGUCGUAAGAGCAGCAGAUGCACCACCAGCUACGGGCGCCCCAAGAGCCUUAGACCCAGUAUCCAGAAUUCAAAACUAUUUUGAAACACAUUCAUUGCGCGUCGAAGUUAAAGGAUCCGAUGUCAUAGAUACAGUUUCAAGUGUGGGUCGAGCAUUGGAAGAUACGGUAUCUUCGUUUGACGACAAUGAUUUAUCAGAGGAAUCAAGAGGCAAGAAAAAGAAAGCGGCCAAGAUUCUCGGGCCCCUAAUUGCAGCCGUUGCGUUGAAAAUGAUGGCUUUACUGCCAUUAGCGAUUGGUGCUAUCGCCUUAAUCGCUGGAAAAGCUUUGUUGAUAGGAAAGUUGGCGUUGGUCUUGUCUGCGAUAAUUGGAUUGAAGAAGCUGCUGUCACAACAAAAGCAUGUUACUUAUGAGGUCGUAGCUCAUCCUCACCAUUCUACAAGUCAUACUUCGAGCCAUGAUUACGGUGGUGCAACUGGGUAUGGAGGUGACACGGCCAGUUAUAGCAGUGGUUCGGGUCAUGGAAGCGGCUGGGGGCGUGCCUUAGACGCGCAAAGUCUAGCCUACACCGCGCAAAAACCUACUUAAACAACCUAUAUUCUAGGCGAUUUCUCUCUUGUGUACUUGUGGAGUGAUUGUAUUUAUAAACUGAAUGUGUUUUAUAUAUAAGAGUUUGAGUACCUGGCUUUAAUUAUUAUUUAAGUAGUAUAUAAGAUUUCUUAGCCUGAAUAUAACGGGUUAUUGUAUA